UCCGCUUCUAGCUCGUUGGUUGUUGGGCGGGACCAUGGAACUUUAAACCGCGCUGCAGCUGCGCAAUGGGCUAAUGCGCUCACAUACUCUAUCCUAUGUACACAUUGACCCCCAGAGAGUCAACUGCGGAGGUUUGGACAAAUCAGCCCUCAUUCAGAAAUGGAGACAUUGCUGAAGAUCGGCAGGUAGACAUCAGGCUUUCUGUCACCUCCACUACUGCCAGUGUGAAGAGGAUCUAUUCCAGACUUUUUCACCAACACUGACAGCAAGUUAACUACAGCUGUCCAAUCCUUCUCCAAACCUGCUUCCUUACACACCUCACUGCCUAAAGUCUUCAGUAUGUAUCAGAUUGUCCCGGUGGCUCCUGGGGAGCAGCAAACGGCUGGGGCAGCUAGUGGUUCUCCACUGAAGAAGAAACUGGCUCAUGAAGGCCGGCCUCUGGUGAUGGCAGGCAUGUUUGGCUGUGUGUUGGUGCUGGCUGCUGUGAUUGCCUGGUGCUACUACUCAGCGUCCCUCCGUAAAGCCCAGCUGCUGAAAGCUGAGCUGUUGGACCUCAACAAGGAUGGUUUUAUCAUUCGUAACCAAGCGGGGGCCGUCAUCUUCAGUAUGACCUUCAGGUCUGGCACUCUGGAUCUGGACUCCUGCUCAAAGGAGGGAAAUAUUCUGAGCUGCACUCAGUCAGAUUCUGGCAAACUCAACUUCUUUAUCCAGACGGUUCGACCAAAGGACACGGUGAUGUGUUACCGUGUUCGCUGGGAGGAGCUGAAAAAUAAGCGCUCAGUGGAGCACGCCAUGGCCUAUAAUGACUCUCAUUGGUAUGGAGGGGCGGAGACAGCAAUACAGUACUGGCCUCUCAGGAUCCAGGGCGAGGAGGAACCACAGCCCUUCAUCACCAGUGAUGUCUACUCAAAUCGAAACGCUUUUGGGGGAAUCUUAGAACGCUAUUGGCUGUCUUCAAACGCGACUGCCAUCAAGAUUAAUGAUUCAGUACCGUUUCAUUUGGGCUGGUCAGAGAAAGAGAGGACACUCCUGUUCCAGGCCCGAUACCAGGACUCUCCCUUCAGACCACCAGAGGGUCUGCAGGCCUUACCUGAGCUCAGCUAUAGAGUGUGUGUUGGGUCGGAUGUUACCUCUAUUCACAAAUACAUGGUGCGUCGGUAUUUCCCAAAGCCUAUCAAGGUCCCGUCUCCGGAAGUAUUCAAACAACCAUUGUGGUCCACAUGGGCUAUCCACAAGACGGCUGUAACUCAGGAGAAGCUGCUGUCCUACGCCUCUGACAUCACCAAACAUGGCUUCACAUGUUCCCAUCUGGAGCUGGACGACCGCUACGCUGCCGACUAUGGAGAGUUUGACUUUGACCCGCAGAAGUUCCCCAAUGCUAGCGGUAUGUUUGACAAACUCAGAGAGGACGGGUUUCAAGUGUCGCUCUGGACACAUCCUUUUAUCAACUAUGACUCCAUUAAUUUUGGUGUUGCUGUGGAGAAAGGACUGUUUGUUAGGGAGCCGAGCGGUGAGCUGCCUGCUCUGGUUCGUUGGUGGAACGGCAUCGGAGGAAUCUUGGACUUUACGAACCCUGAAGCCCGUGAGUGGUAUUCCUCACAACUGCUUAUGCUCAAACUCCGCUAUAACGUGACGUCCUUCAAGUUCGAUGCAGGAGAGACGAGCUACCUCCCACGCCAGUUUAGCACCCUGGUCCCACUGUCUGACCCCUCCACCUUCACCCGCCGCUACACAGAAAUGGCCAUACCGUUCAGUGAGCGUGCAGAGCUGAGGGUGGGUUACCAGAGUCAGAACAUCUCCUGCUUCUUCAGGAUCAUCGACAGAGACUCUGUGUGGGGUUAUGAGCUCGGCCUCAAGUCCAUUAUCCCAACUGUUCUGACCAUUAGCAUUCUGGGAUACCAGUUUGUCUUACCUGAUAUGAUAGGAGGCAAUGCAUACCCCAACCGCACCACAGGUGGUUUAGAUGGUCUGCCAGACAGAGAGCUGUACAUCCGAUGGUUGGAGCUGUCUGCUUUCAUGCCUGCCAUGCAGUUCUCUAUACCACCGUGGGCCUAUGACAAUGAGGUGAUACAUAUAGCGCAGAAGUUCACAGAGCUCCAUAAGACUCUGGUGGCCCCCAGGGUUCUUGAACUGGCAGGCGAGGUUCUUGAUACAGGAGACCCAAUCAUAAGGCCCCUCUGGUGGAUCGCCAAUGAUGACGAGGCGGCCUAUAAGAUUGACUCCCAGUUCCUGAUCGGGGACGACCUGAUGGUGGCUCCAGUGUUAGAGCCAGGAAAGCAGGAGAGGGACAUCUACCUGCCUGCAGGACGAUGGAAAAGCUACAAGGGGGAACAUUUUGAUAAAGGCCCCAUGUACCUUACGGACUACCCUGUGGACUUGGACGAGAUAGCUUUCUUUACGUGGGUUCACUGAAGACAUUAAAGACAUAAACUCACACACACACACAUUCUGUAUGCACAUGUACAUUCUUGUGAGCACACCAAGAAAUGUUUGUUUUUCAAAGGGAAAUGACCACUAGGGGUCUGCAGUGUGAUUUUUGGUAAUGAUUUAACUUCAUGUCUCCUCUGACCUGCUCUUUAUCUGGACGUCUGCAGAUUAUAACUGUCCAUCCAAAGAAUUAGAAUGAAACUUGUAUUCACUUCUGAUUCUCUUGUUCAUCCUUAAGCUGAACCUCAUCCUCAUGUGCCUUCCACAGCCGAUCUCAGAUUGUAUCAUCACUGCAGACAUCCACCUAAUUGACAUCUAGAUUACAAAGAGUCCCACAGCUUAGAAUAGUUAGCUUUAUUUCCUUCUGUGUGAAUUUGAUUUCAGGGUAGAUGAAAUAAUGUGUCUUUAUUGUGGCUUGACAGGGUUGGGCACUGAACCGGCAAUAAAUAUGUACUCCUGAGUUGGACAGAUGCACCCCUGCUCAGCAGGGCAUGCCCAUGUCACCAUGGCAACUGCUGUAUUGUGGAAAAUCUUUACAUUUCCAGCUACCUAUGUUUAAGCUAACAUGCAUUAAUUUGCAUCGCACUGACAGCAACAUGUGAUUAGUGUUUGACUGUAUAUACAGUGAAUUCAUGUGAUCCUGGGUUUAAAUUUGGGGUAUUUGUCAUGAUAGUGCCAUUCAGGCAAUUCAGUGCCAAAAUCUAUCUGCUGCUUUGUGCUCAUUUUUCAUCUGUACUCACUAAAAUCACAGCUCAGGGUUGAUUUUAAAAGAAAACAUUUGUAAUGUCAGAAUUCAUUUUGUUGAUCCACAGCAAGAAAUUGAUUUAUGAUACUAAUGCUACUGGUAUGCCUGGUAGAACAGGUAUUGUUCUGAACAAUGCUAUAUUUUAACGUGCCGCCCAUGUCUGCCUUGCGACUUUAUUUGCCUUAUCAGCUGAACUAAACUAUGCCAACCUUAGCACAGGGAACCAGUACAGUGAUAAAACACUCACCUCGAUAUGCUUGAUGCUUUGCACCUUUUAAGUUUUUAAUCACUGACAUUGCAAAGUACAGGAGGAGUUUUAUUAAAAUGAGACAUCUGCCUUCUGAAUAUGUCUUUCUGCUCUCAGUGUUUUGGCACGAGGGUAAAGCACACUACUGAUUAAGUCAUCUAAAUGCCUUGCUUUAAAAUAAUUAUACUAUAUAAAAUAGUCAGCACUGUUUUUGAAAUGUUUAAUGUUACUACAAAAAGAAUUAUUUUGGGAUUAGAUCAUAUUUCAAAUUAUUCUGAUGGUUUUUUGUUGAAAAAUGAAACAAUCUUGUUGUAAAUCGAUAGUCUUUGUGUUGCUUUCUUGAAUUCUUGAUAAGACCACCAGAUAGUGCCAAAGUCAGAAAUGUUCAAAUCUUACACACAGUGGCUUUGACUGGUAAAUUAGACAACAUUUAAAAAAAAAAGAAAAAGGAAAAAAAAAGUAUAAUUUGGAAUAAUAUUACUCAUAUGUAGAGAAACUAGAUUAACUACUGUGAGAAAAUACAACUGUAUUUUCACAAUAAGUUAAGUUUUAUAAUUUGUACAUAGAUCUCAACAUGUAAACUGUGAUGUGUCGGAUAUGCACAGUGCAUCAUUCAAAGGAAUUUCGUCAAAUCACUAAAUAAAUGAAUUGGCCAACAUUUUACCAUUGGAGGUAUUUGGUGAAGUCCGUCUGGGAAUUUCCACUAUGACACAACAGAGAUUGAGAUGCUAAAGGAAAAUGUUUCUCAAGUGAAUGAUUGGUAAUGUUAACAGUCUUUGUUAAUGCUGUAAAUGAAUACUUCCUGCAUUAUGAAGGUAGACUGCCAAAGAAAACAAAAAAUAUGGUUGUUGCAUUUUAUUUUUUAUUUUGCAUUUUAUUUGUGUCUGAAGUGGUGAGAAAGUUUGUUGAACUUUCAAUGCUUCGCACUUCAGCACUUAAGGUCUGCUUCAUUAAUCCUCAGGAUCAACAAGUAACAGUAUAAUUUAUUGAUUUGCUCAUGAGUGUUCAUAUUUUGUGUCAUUUUUUUGUCACUCAUCUUUCUAAUUAAGCUUCAUAACAAAGCCAUUGUUUCCCUGUAAAAAAGUGAUGUGAAAUGCAGAACCUAAAGAAUUAAACAAUUCAAUGGUC